AUGGCAGCUAUUUCCUCUUGGGUUGCGGAUAGUAAUGUAAAAGAACAUGCCUCUCUUGUUUCUAUCGCAAAAUUGGCUGAACAGGCAGAGCGAUUUGAGGAUAUGGCUGUUGCCAUGAAAACCAUUGCUGAAAUGGGCAAUGAACUCAACAACGAGGAACGCAACUUGCUCUCGGUUGCUUACAAAAACGUUGUCGGAGCCCGACGUUCUUCAUGGAGGAUCAUGUCCAGCAUCGCUAAGAAACAGGCUGGUACUCCUAUCGCCGAACAUACUAGCACCUACAUUAGUAAGGUCGAGGAAGAACUUACGAAGAUAUGCAACGAUGUUUUGUCCCUUCUUAAAGACAACCUUAUUACUGACAAAAUUAAUGCGGAGGCUAAAAUCUUCUACUAUAAGAUGAUGGGUGAUUAUUAUCGUUAUUUGGCUGAAGUUCAGGAAGGUGAGGCCAAUGAUAAAUCGACGGCAGCUGCUGAGGAAGCAUACCAAAAGGCAACCUCUCUUGCAGAGCAGGAACUUUCGGUGACUCAUCCCAUCCGACUUGGCCUUGCCCUAAACUUCUCUGUUUUCUACUAUGAAAUUAAGAAUAUGCCUGAAAAGGCGUGUAGCCUUGCCAAGGUUGCAUUUGACGCUGCUAUUGCUGAGGUUGACUCGAUCAAGGAUGAAACCUACAAGGACAGCACCUUGAUCAUGCAACUUUUGCGCGAUAAUCUGACGCUCUGGAACUCCGAAUGCGAUCCUGAAUAA